AUGGCGGAAGAGUCGUCAAGCGGUCUGGAGGACUUUAAAGUCUCCCCAGAAGACCAGACCGAAGCCGCACUAUACCUAUGCGCGACCGCACUCGAUACAAUCAUACACGACAUCCUCUUGGACGUGCAUCAGGAUGAGAAGGUCGCUCGCAUGCACACAGCCUACGUCGAACUCGAGGACAAAGCUACCAAACUUGGACGAAACGUGGCUCAAGAACAGUUUGAGGACCAGCCCGCCGAACCACGAGAGCCGAUCGAGACAAAAGCUGCCAUACUCGACACAGGCAAGGCACAAUUGACCGGAAACCCGAUGAAGACGGUCAAGCACAUCCGAUGCCCCAACUGCAGACUACGCCGCCUACUAUACCCCAGGGUCGGCUUCAAUUCACGACCGGUGCCCGACGUGACAGAGCAAUACUGCAAAGAAGAGCCAAUGAUAAUCGUAGACAAGCAUGAUGUCCAUGGUCAGCGGAAGAAGGGUGUCAAGGUCAAGGGACAAGCUAAGGGCAAGAACAAGAAGAAGAACGAUCCUCCUUCACCAGCAUCCGAGGCCUCAGAACCUGUUACACCGAUCUCAUCCAUGCCAGACUCAUUCGAGUUCAGAGAAAUCGAGUAUCCAGCAGCCAAGUGUCCCAACCGGACUUCCCACCUCGGCGACCACUGGAAAGCUGUCAACAUAUUCGCGACUCACCUGAAUGGAGCUUGCUACCUGCAGAAGAAUCGUGCGGCCGGCAGAGAAGCCAACGCCAAGAUUGCAGGCACUCCGAGAGAUAGUAGAGCCAACUCACCCAAAGCUCCGGCGACGAAUGGCGUGAAACGGAAAGCGGUCGAUGAGGAGAAUGCGCCGCCGCUGAAGAAGAAGAAAACCAACGACCUUAAGAAGGGUCCUAAGGGAGCUGUCGGUGCACCGAGCAAGCUUCGAGAGUCUUCAAUCAAUGUGGAUGACAAGAUCGAUGAAAGUCCGAUUAAGAGUGAGCCGAACGGAGAUUCGAUACAGGUCACGUCCAAGAUGCGCGAUGGAAGCAACGAACCACCUAUAAAGCUGAAACUCACGGGGCUGAAUAAGGACAAGAAGGCUGGGAAGCUGGGCAAGAAAGCGGACAAGUAG